AUGGGAUCAUUGACAUCAACCUUCGCCAGGCCAGGAUAUGAAAGCGUCGAUAAUCCCACCUCUAACUUGCAACAGCGCAACUUCAAGCAGGUUACCUCGCUUUCAGGGCAAGAGCUUGCGGAUAUCGUACGCCUGGCUUCCACCGCAUUCGGGGAUAAAGAUGAUUCGAUGUUAGCGCUCCUCGGGGGAGAUAUAGCCUUGAAGGAUGAAUUCCUGACAGCGAUGGUCCGUGCUACCUUACUCGAAGGUGCAAUUUACAUCGUCGAGGUGGACUCCGAGCUUGUAUCGGCCUCGCUCUGGUUUCGAAAGCCCGUCGGACUAUUCAAAUCUGAAGCCCAGCGAGCACUGGGGUACGAUGAAUGGUUCAAGAAGCUACCCGAAGACCUCCAGAGCUGGUGGACCGUAGACUACUCAACCCAGAUGAGGGACUACUCGAAAACGAUCAUCGAUCAGGAGGAAUGGGACAAGAUUUGGUACUGCAAUCUUAUGGUCACCGACGUGGACCAACAGAACCAAGGGCACGCAACAUUCAUGAUGGACCAAAUGACCGCCCGAGUCCGCGAGGCUGGCGAGAUGCUGGGCCUUUCCGCGGGCAGCGAGAUCAACGUAUCGAAGUACGAGUCUAUGGGGUUCAGAGAGCGAGGGCGUAUAGCGUUGCGCAGUCUGGUGAACGAGAUUCCGUGUGUCUGGUUGACAAAGGAAUGA